AUGGACGUGGAGGGAGAAGGGGCUGGAGGCGGAGAACCAAUCUCGAUUUCUCUUCGCCCUCUGCAACUCACGGACGUGGACGACGUCCUGCAGUGGACGACAGACCCACAAGCCUCGGAGUUCUGCUUGUGGGAUACCCACACCUGCCGGGAGGACGCUGUGGCCUUCAUCCGUGAUUUCGCCAUCCCCCACCCCUGGUGCCGUGCCAUCUGCGCCAACGGCCGGCCGAUCGGGAGCAUCUCGGUCUCGAUCGCCGCCGGGGGCGCCGAACGGUGCCGGGGCGAGAUAGGGUACGUGCUCUCCCCUGGGUACUGGGGUAAGGGCAUCACGACGUCGGUCGUCAGGUCAGUGGCGCCGGCCGCGUUCCGGGAGCUCCCGGGUUUGGAGCGGAUCCAGGGUCUGGUGGCUUCCGAGAACAUCGCGUCGCAGAGGGUUUUGGAGAAAUGUGGAUUUCAGAAGGAGGGGUUGCUGAGAAAAUACAUGUUCUUGAAGGGCAGAGUCAGAGAUAUCGUCGUGUUCAGCAUCCUGAGGGAGGAUGUCUUGGCCGGAGAACUUAAUACGGAUAGGGGAAUCGUCCAGACCCGCUUCAUAGUUGGGGACGUGCCAUGUUUCAAAUAA